CAGCGCUAUAUUAUAUUGAAGAGGCUAAGCGAAGAUGUAAAGGAAAUUAGAACUGAACUAAGACGCCAACAUAGUGAUGUGGAGAAUGACCUUUCCCUAAAGGUUCUUGAGGAAACGUUUAAAGGUUACCUUGAAGAAAAGUUCACGGACUUUAUGAGUAAUUUAAGCGCCAAUGAGUUUGCUAACUGUUUUUACGAUCAAUGGUUGAGUCUGGAAUCACGUAUAAGACGUGAGAUUGACCAAUAUUUGAGCGAUUUUGAAAGUGGCAGUGGUCUCUCUCAUGAAUUGGCCGAUAACAUAUUAAAUGAUGAAAAUAGGCAUAACGAACUAUCAAGAGAGGCCUUGCCUCAGCAUACUGAAGCCAAAAGCGAAUCUCCUGCCCCAAGAAGCCCGUUUAUGUCUCAAAAAGAGAUAGAUGAAUUGUUUGAACUCGAUCUAUAG